AGGUACCCUUCUCUCUCUCUCUCUCUCUCUCUCUCUCUCUCUCUCUCUCAUCGUCUAUAUUUCUGUUUGCUGUUUUCUUUUAUGGUUAAUUUAGAUGCUUAAACACGACAUGUUUUGGGCCCUAGUAAAUAAUCACUCCUUGGAACAGUAUUGUGAUGUCCGAUCCACACACCAUUCAAGUUUCGAAAAGAGGUUACAACCCUUUGGAGGGAUUCAGAGAUAGAUUCUGAAGAGGUUGGGCAAGCUGGAGAAUUAAUCUGUAAAGGUGUAUUAUUCUGCCAUUCUUAUCAAGACUUUUGAGUUUGGCUUUGAUGUGCUGUCUUCGUGCAAAUUGUCAUGCACUACUGGGUUUUCUGGGGUUAUAGAAUAGAGGGUCUGCUGAACCUAGAGCAAUGGCAGCGUCUAGUAAGUUCAAUAUGUCUUCUGGUAGCCCGGAUAGGGCAUUAUAUGCCCAGCGUGGGUCCUAUACCACUGCUUCAUUGGACAGAUCGGGUAGCUUCCGUGAGAAUAUGGAGAAUCCAAUCCUAUCAUCACUUCCGAGCAUGUCAAGAAGCAGUUCUGCCAUAUCACAAGGAGACGUGCACAACUUCCUCCAAUGCUUGCGGUUUGAUCCAAAGUUUGGCCGACAAGUUGAUUUUAAGCGUCUCACAAGUGUUGCUGUUGGCAUUCCGGUGGAUGAUUCUCUAUCUGCUUCUUCAAAAGUCAAGCCUACAUCUUCUCCUCCUCUGGACGAACUCAAACGGCUCAAGGCUGGUCUUCGCGAAAACUCCAUCAAGGCCAGCAGGGAACGUUUGAAGAUUUUCACUGAUGCCUUGUCCCUCGUGAACAAGUGUUUCCCGAGCAUCCCAUCAAGGAAGAGAUCUCGGUCAGAUGCUUUAUCUGCUGAUCGAUCGAAUACUUUAUUCCCUACUGAUCGGGCAGUUCUAGGGUCAGGCAUUGGUAAGAUGGGAACACAAAGUCAUGCCAUUUCAAGUGGUUUUGAAGAGCCGCCAAAGUCAGAAGAAAGGACCAAAAUUGCCAUACCAAACAAACGGACCCGAACUUCUAUGGUGGAUGUGAGGACUGAUGUACGGGCAAAUACUCCUGCUAGGCCAUCUGGGAAUAUGGACAGGGAUAGGGAAGUGUUAAGACUUCCACAUAGCGGUGCAGCUCAGGUUGAAGAGCGGUCAUUAACAACCAGCGGUGAUGGUUGGGAAAAGACAAAGAUGAAGAAGAAGCGGUCUGGGAUAAAGCCAGAUGUUUCUCCAAGUACAGUGGCACCCAAACCUAUUGAUGGCUACAGGGAACCCAGGCAAGGAAUGCAGCCAAGGCUUCUUGCCUCCGAUGGGUUCAGGCCGGGAGUUGCUAAUGGAGCAGUGGGAGUUGGAAAAGCAGAUGCCGUGUCGCAACCAACUAGCUUAGGCAUGCGGUCUUCCAUGCCUAAGCCUGACCAGGACAACAGCUCCAUUCUCCAUGAUAGAAGAGAUCGUCCGGCUGCUUCCUCAGACAAAGAAAGGGUGAAUGUCAGAACUGUAAACAAGACAAAUUCCAGGGACGAUUUCAGUGCAGCUAGCCCUACAUCAAACACGAAAAUGAAUUCUGCUGCUAGGGCUCCAAGAUCUGUUUCAAAUGGUUUGCACAAGUUGUCCCCUGUUGUUCAACGAACUACUGUUGCCAAUGACUGGGAGCUUUCUCAUUGUACAAGCAAGAGCACUGCUGCUGCUGUUGGUGCUAGCACUCGCAAACGCACUCCAUCAACUCGCUCUUCAUCACCACCUGUUACCCAUUGGGCUGGCCGAAGGCCACAAAAGAUUUCCCGCACCGCUAGAAUUACAAAUUUCGUUCCUAUAGUUCCGAGUAAUGAUGAGAGCCCUGCUUUGGAUGCCACAUCUGAGGUUGCUGGUAAUGAAAUUGAGGCAGGCUUAAUUAAACGUUUGUCCAGUAAUUCUCCACAGCAAGUUAAAUCCAAGGGUGACCAUUUUUCAACGGCUGCAUUGUCAGAAAGUGAGGAGUCUGGUGUUGCUGAAUUUAAGUCCAGGGAUAAGGGUGAAAAGGCUGAGGAGGUGGAUGAGAAAGCCAGUCAGAAUGUUCAAAGGGUUUCAACUCUGGUGGUCCCACAAAGAAAGAAUAAGCCGGUCAGUGGGGAUGACCUUGGAGACGGCGUUCGUAGGCAAGGGAGGACUGGACGAGGGUUUACUUCCUCAAGAUCUUUGAUGCCAAUGGCAGUAGAAAAGAUUAGCAAUGUGGGAACUGCAAAACAACUCAGAAGUACCCGACUUGGUCUUGAUAAGUCUGAAAGCAAAGUAGGUCGUCCACCAACUCGGAAACUUUCUGACCGUAGGGCUUACACACGUCAGAAGCAUACUACAAUCAGUACAGCAGAUUUUCUUGUUGGUUCAGAUGAUGGGCAUGAAGAACUAUUGGCUGCAGCAGAGGCUGUUAUUAAUCCUGAUCAUUGCUUUACCAGCUCAUUCUGGAGGAAGAUGGAGUCGUGCUUUAGUUUUAUAUCAGAUGUAGACAUAGCCUAUUUAAAACAACAGGGAAAUAGUGGGUCUGCUGCGUCUGCGCCACUACCAGUACAAGUAGAUUUUGGGAGUUUCAGUACUGUCCCUAAUGGAUCUGGAUUGGUUGAACCCGACAGAGAUACAAGUGAAACAAAAUACCCUGCAACAAGAAGUAAAGAGAUUCCCCUCUGCCAGAGACUCAUAGCAGCCCUAGUUUCAGAAGAAGGAAACGAAGAGCUCUGCUACAGCGGGAGUGAAGACCUUGACUUUGACAUGUAUGGAUCUGGAGUUGAGUUAGACCCACUAGAAUCCCACGCUUUGAAUAACCGGUUAUUAGGGAACUUUCAGCUCGCUGGACGUUCUGGUUUGAACGGUUAUAGGAUAACUGCCAAUGAGAGGCCCCAUAAUGAGCUGGACCACAGUUUGCUAGAUACUGAUGUAAUUGCUAUACCGGGAAAAGGGUUGAUUUCAAAUUUCGGAUACUUGCAAAAUGGUUUGCAUUCUGACCAAGAAAUGGCGCCUGACAUGACCUGUUCUGUGACCGAGUAUGGUAACCUGUCCAUAGAUGAAAGAAUUAUCCUGGAGAUGCGAAGUGUUGGACUUUAUCUAGAGCCAGUGCCUGAUUUAACCCAAACAGUGGAUGAAGAAAUCAGUGAGGAAAUCAGUACGCUGGAGGACAUGUACCAUGAGCAGGUUACAAAGAAGAAACCAUUGCUUGGCAAACUGUUAAACUCUGCUCUGGCGAGGAGAGAGCUUCAAGAGAAGGAGUUUGAACAUCGUGCUCUUGACAAGCUUGUGGCUAUGGCUUUUGAGAAAUAUAUGCAGAAUUGCCGGGGUUCCAAUUCCUCUGGGGGAAAGAGCGCCAGCAGUAAGAUGGCCAAGCAAGCUGCUCUAGCUUUUGUUAAACGGACAUUGGAGAGAUGCCAAAAAUUCGAAGAUUCUGGCAAGAGCUGCUUCAGUGAAACCUUAUUUAGGGAUAUGUUCCUUUCUAGUUCGUCACGCCACCAUGAUGUGCAACUAGUUGAUCAUACUGCUGUUAUUGAAUCGAGCAAACAGUAUACCAACACAUCUGGUUGCUCUUUGGAAGUUAGAGUUUCAGCUACGAUGGGUGCUCAGCAAAGCCCUUCUUUCAACAACCAUGACAUCUAUUUUUCUAAUCCACUCCUUUCUGCUAAUCAUUCGUCUGAACAAACUAAUGGUAAGGAGGACACAUGGUCAAAUAGGGUGAAGAAAAGGGAGUUGUUGCUUGAUGAUGUUGGAGCUCCUUCAGGUAUUGGAACUUCUCUUUCCAGCAGUGCAAAAGGAAAAAGAAGUGAGAGGGAUAGAGAGGGUAAAGGAAACAACAGAGAGGUUUCAUCUAGAAAUGGUACUGCUAAAAUCGGCCGGCCUGCAUCGGGCAAUAUUAAGGGGGAAAGAAAGUCUAAAACAAAGCCUAAGCAGAAAACUCAAUUAUCUGCUUCUGUCAAUGGCUUACUUGGCAAGUUACCAGAGCAAAAUAAAGUGACAUUAUCCUCAGUUUCAAAGUCAGGUGAGGUUACUAGAAGUGGCAGUGUUAAGGAGAAGGAUGAGUUCAGCUUGGGUGUAUUAGAAGAACAUGAGGCCAUCGAUUUAUCCCAUUUGCAACUCCCUGGAAUGGAUGUUUUAGGCGUUCCUGAUGAUCUUGGUGAUCAAGGGCAGGACAUUGGUUCAUGGUUGAACAUUGAUGAUGAUGGAUUACAAGAUCUUGAUAACUUUAAUGGCCUUGAAAUUCCAAUGGAUGACCUAGCAGACUUAAAUAUGAUGGCUUGAAGUUACUUUUCCUUUGUAUGUUCCCGUGUUCGGUAUGGUGUUCAAAGGAAAACCAAAGUCACUGUGCCCUAGGAAUGACCAACUACUUGAGUGGUCAUUUGACUCUCUGGUCCAUAACUAGACUGUAGAUCAUUCCUGAGACUCCUGCACAAGUUGCUUUCCAAGUAGCCUGUCGGAUGUUUUGGAUUUUGCUCCCCUUUUAAGUUGGUGACCUUUGACUGUAAUGAUCUUUUUGUUCACCGCGUAAGCCAGCAUGUAUUAGUCAUUAUAUCUUAGUAAACACUGUAUUCUGGUUGUAGCAUUUACAAAUCAGAGAACAAUACCUUUUGUACAUAAGCUUUGUGUUCCAAUAAAAUCAUCUCUCUCUGUGUAGUAA